GUAAUUCUAAAAGGAAAAAAAAAAAAAAAGCAAGAGAAGUAUUCACUACUGUCCCUUCAAUUCAUUAACCUUUUCCCCAAGAGAACUCCCCAAAAGAAUACAAACGAAAAGCUUACACAUGCAUACACACACGCACACCUGACACAACAUAUAUCCAGAUCCAUUACGCAUACACAGUGAGUUGAUCAGGGGAGCUAAUUAUGGAUGAGAAUCUGAUAACGAGGUUGGAAUCCGCGGUGACGCGGUUGGAGGCGAUGUCCGCCGGGGGUUUCCGCCAGGUAGGUGUGGCGGAUGCCGCUGGAGAUGCCUCUACGAUGGAUCCGUCGAUCGUGGCGUUUGGUGAUCUCAUUUCGCAGUGCGUCAAUAGAGUUGUGAGCGCUGCAGAAAAGAUUGGUGGACACGUUUUGGAUAUUUCCAAGAUAAUUGAGAAAGCGUUUCGGGUCCAGAAGGAGCUUCUUGUUAAGAUCAAACAUACUCAGAAACCUGACAUGGCAGGUUUGGUUGAAUUCCUUAAGCCAUUGAAUGAGGUGACUGCAGAAGCUUCUGCAUUGACGGAGGGAAAGCGAUCUGAUUUUUUCCACCACCUGAAGACAGGUGCCGAUAGUCUUUCAGCUCUGGCAUGGAUUGCAUAUACUGGAAAAAAUUGUGGUAUGAGCAUGCCUACUGCGCAUGUUGAAGAAAGUUGGCACACGGCCGAGUUUUACAGUAACAAGAUUCUUGUGGAGUUCAAAAACAAAGAUGCAAAUCAUGUUGAGUGGGUAACGGCUUUGAAGGAGCUUUAUAUACCAGGCUUGAGGGAUUAUGUGAAGAGUCACUAUCCAUUGGGCCCUGUAUGGAGCACCACAGGCAAGACAAUUGCACCUGCCCCAGCAAAAGCUCCUACUCCUCCAUCGGCUCCACCUGCUUCACUACUCAGUUCUGAAACAGCUUCAUCAUCCCGUCCAAAAGAAGGGAUGGCUGCUGUUUUCCAAGAAAUUAAUUCAGGAAAAUCAGUUACUUCAGGUCUGAGGAAGGUCACUGCUGAUAUGAAGACCAAGAACCGGGCAGACAGAACUAGUGUCGUUAGUCUUUCUGAGAAAGAAAGUCAUGCUAAUUCACCUAGAGUCUCCAAGACAGGACCUCCAAAACUGGAGCUUGAAAUGGGUCGUAAAUGGGUGGUUGAGAAUCAAAUUGGGCGAAAUGAUUUAUCAAUUGCUGAUUGUGAUGCGAAGCAGUCAAUAUAUAUAUUUGGUUGCAAGAAUUCUGUUCUUCAGAUCCAAGGGAAAGUGAACAACAUUACAGUGGACAAGUGCACUAAGAUGGGGGUGGUAUUCAAGGAUGUUGUUGCAGCUUGUGAGAUUGUCAAUUGUAAUUCCGUUGAGGUGCAAUGCCAGGGAUCGGCUCCUACAAUUUCAGUAGACAAUACAGCAGGUUGCCAGUUGUACUUGAGCAAAGAUUCUUUAGAGGCUUCGAUAACAACAGCAAAGUCAAGUGAAGUCAAUGUAUUAGUACCUGCAUCUGAAUCUGAUGGUGAUUGGGGAGAGCAUUCUUUGCCACAGCAGUAUGCUCACGUCUACAAGGAUGGCCAAUUUGUGACAACUCCAGUUUCACACUCUGGAGGCUAAAUGGAGAGAUCUAAUAAGCAUCAGAUACCGUUAAGGCUAUUCCCCAUUAUAGAACUUUUACUUUUUGGAAUGGUUGAGGCUCUUUUUCUCAACUUCUUCAUUGAUUUAUUUAUUAUUGAGAACAUGCAAAUUUUGACCUAUUCCUACUAGCUUAUGAACUAUUUGUUAUUACGAGUGAGUCUAGCCGUUCCGUUUGUUUGAGAACUGAAUUUUGAUGCGGUUUUGUUUCCAGUAAAAUUGUCACAGAUUUUGGCUGGGAAAAUAGUUCACUAAAUCUCAGUUUUCUUGGACGACUUUGAGCAUUCUCACAUGUAAAAUGACAUAUUAAUUGUCAAUGAGAAAUAGAGAUGUUACCACUUGAUAUCU